ACAAAAACGAUAAACUAGUCUAAAAAUACACCAAAAUAUAAACACGGGGAUUUUUACGUUGAAACCCAAAUCGAGAGAAAACCACGGGCCUUUUUUGGCGGUACCUUGCCAACGGGGGAUUUUUAUUGACAUCGGGGGUGUGUACACGGUACAAGAAUCAGGCUCGGAAGCCAUUAAUGGAAGCUUAAAAGCUUAUUGAAGAACAAAAACUAUAAAAUGCUAGAGAGAGAAAGUAUAGUGGGCAGGGGAGAAAGUGAUUUGGCCUCCCCUUCACAUUGGGGGCACCCCUCCUUUUAUAGGAGGGGGGAGCAUCUUCGGAGGAAUAUUCUCUUAUUCCUCUAUUUUAUUAAACAGGCCCGGUUUGACUGUUCUUCGUAAAAUAAUUGGGAAAUGUGGGCCGUGCCACGUAUUAUUUCCCAUCAAUAAGUCCUCCACUUUUUUAAGUUGUGAGAAUCAUCAACUUGAAAAAGUAAACAAGUCCUCCGAGUGCUAUCUUCAAUCUUCGUACUUUGGAUUCUUGACCGGUUGAUAUUGUUGCUAGUCCUCCGAGUCUUCAUUAGUUCUCCAAUUUCUUGAAUCAGAAGGUUUUCCUGUAAAAAUAAUAUGUACAACAUUUUUUUUUNUAUUUCGUUGAGACCGAUGUUAGUACGAACUAAGUAUACGAUGCAUGACGAAAUUAGUAUACAGACGACAUUGACUUUAGUUAAUAAGAAUUGAAUCCGAUGCAGUAGCUUUGUUGAAGAUCAGCGUUAGCCCGGCUGACUGAUGUAAAUAUCUUCAUGUCUCGCGGAGACCAUCUUCGAUCAAAGUGCCUCGAAUAGAGGGCUUAAAUGAAUCGGGCGUCCCCGAUAUGAGCUUUGCUCAUUUUUUUGCUGAAACCGAUGUGCAAUCGGUGUACCCAAUUCGAUUGGGCUCAGGCUUAUUGGAAAAUAUGUGUAAGACUGGUGUGAGACCAGUGUACCAGUUCGACUGGGUCACAUAUUUUCUUUAUUAUACUGAGCAAGACCGGUGUAGUAACCAGCGUGCCAGGCCAGACCUGUGUCUCAGUCUUCCAAUAAGAUAAUGCUGCUGGCCGGGCCAGAUCAACAUUGGAGAAUUAACCAUGUCGGAUGGUUUCGAGCUCUCUCCAAGGCCCAAAAUGCACCCUUCUUCCAGGGCCCCCUCUUCCGGGUGAUUAAGAUCUUUUAUUGGCCCUUUGAUAUUUACUAUCCCGGGAAGGCCUUAGCUCACCCCCCGUUCAAGUCUUCCCUGAGAAGGGGGAAAUAGGAUGCGCCACGGUGGACGACCCCUCUUCUAUUUCUUUUAAUGGGCAUCUUUUAGUCCCCAAUCAGCUUGACGGCACCGGCUGAUUCCCCGAUACCGGUCAAACCUCAUGGGCCCGUGUAAGUACGGUUCGAACCUUCUUCCAGGUCCAGCCCUCUUGCAGGCAUACCCUCUUCCGGGCCCUUCUUCCGGGUUUAUUAUUUUUUUAUUUUAUACUGAGCAAGACUGGUGUAGUAACCAGCGUGCCAGGUCCGGGCCUGUGUCCCAGUCUUCCUUGGAUCAAUCUCCAACUCAUUAUCACCUCGGUCCGACCGGGCAACAACCAUGAGUUUGAGGAUCUCAAUUUCCGCCUUACUAAUCUUUGACUCCAGCCAUAAUCCCAUGUGAGUGCGCAUAUCUUCUGUAUUUGCUUGAACAAUUUAUCAUCCUUUGCUUUUGUUAGAUGACCACUGGUAGGGCCACCUGGAUUACAACGCAUGGCUUUUUCUCUUUGUUUGAGAACCCAUCUUGAUCCUCAAAAUGAAUUAUUGAGAGUGGUGGACAGCUAGCUCCAUUAAUUAAGCUUCAUGUUGUCCUCUUCCUCCCUUCCAAGGGAGAUGCGUGGGGAUAUAAUCAAACAAGCACGGCAGACCCGACAGCUGAUCCCUGCAGGGGCGGAUGGAUCUUUAGAGAUAGCGACAGGGACGAUGAAUGUAGCAAUGAUCUUCAAGAUGUAGGCUCCAGCAGCAGAAACAGAAGUGGCUGGCUCCUGCGAUGACUGCGGCUGAAUUCACUGGAUUUGGCGGCGAUGACGAUUUCAGCUCCCGGUGCUAGAUGUGGACUGCGGUCUAGCCGCUCCUCUCUUUGCAGAUGGCUUUGGUGUGGUGGCAGACCUCAAGACCUGCGGCAACAAGGGUAGCUUUUAGCGGCAGGGAUGGUGGAUUUCCAGCAACCUGCGGCAGUGGUGGCCAACCCACGACGGCAGCGGCGAACAGAGAGUGAUCUCUCUACUCUGUUUUUUUUUUGUACCACUGUUACCCCUCGCCGGAAUUCCGUCUAUUGGAUGGGGUAAGAGGGCGGUACAACUCUUUUUCUGCUCCGGCACCACCUCAUCAGUGUUUAGUGUUGGUUGUGGUGGUGAUUGUGGAUGUGAGCUCCGACGGUGAGUACCCC